CCAAGCCACAGGCCCAGGCUGCCGUCGCUUGCACCUCUCUGGCUUGCAUGGCUCCCUGGAUGACCCGAGAUUCCAGGCAUCCAUCUGAUAAACCUCCUUUCCCCCUUGGACCGUGGCCCGGCACCCUCCCCCUGCACCUGCACAUCUCGGCCCUCCGGUGGCCCACUCAGCUCCGGGAUCAACAACCACCACCACCAUACCUCCAAAAGGACACCUCGUCGUCAUCAUCAUGAAUUGUGAGGGUCGACCCAAUAUGUCACCCGCAACGCUUGCUCAUGCCCACCCCCUUCAAGCCAGAGAGACAAGGCAGGCCAUGAUGGCAGGGAUGCCACCACAUUCUUUCCAUGCAGUUCCGUCGCUGUCGUUUGUAAUCGUCGGCGUCAUCGCCGUGCCAGUUGUCCAAACCUCGCUUCCCUCUCUGCUCCUCCCGAGUUUGUCCGUCUUACUCAGGCACCUUUCGGUGCGUUAUAGGGUCCCCCCCCCCCCGGAAAUAGAGAAAAUUACGCAGUAUUCAUCGCCCAUAAUGCAAAAGUCUCGCCCUUGCACCUCGCAGAACCAACAAAGAAAAAAAAACCAAAAAAAGGUUUCAAGGAAUUGGCUCAAACCGGCAGUCUCUAAUCCCCGAGAGCUGCCACCCCACCUUCUCAAAAAUGGAACAAACGUCUCGUGCCUCACCGCAUGCUACUAUGUACUACUCCUAUGAGAUUAAGAGAGAAAUGGGGGGCCACUAAGAUUCAAAAAUUCUUUUUGGGAAAAGGGUCUCUCCCUCUCUCGGGUCAUCUAUCCGUG